GAGGGAAGUGACGUACCUGUUUUUUUUUCUCCUCUUGCGAGCCACCUGUCCUCUCGUCGUCGCCCCUCCUGUGGCAGCACCCAUCCUUUUGGUUCGCCGCCAAGCGCCAACAUGGUGGCCGCGUCCACCGCCGUCUCAACGGUGUCCGCGAUCUCCACUCACAUUGCCGCCGGGCACCUCUUCGCGGCCAUCGACGCCCUGCCCUCGUGCUCCGCCUCCUUGCUCCCGCCCUCUCUUUACGCCUCGCUCCUCCGCUUGGCAACCUCCCGCCGCUCCCUCGCCGCCGCCCGCCGGAUCGCCUCCCACCUGGCCUCCUCUUCGUCAGCUUCCCCUUCCACCUCGGUCUCGUUCACUCCAACAUUCCUGUUCAACCGCGCCAUCGAGUGCCUCGCUGCCUGCGGCAGUCUUGCCGACGCGCGGGAGAUGUUCGACGCAAUGCCACGCCGGGACGGCGGUUCCUGGAACGCCAUCAUCUCGGCCUCGUCCCGCGCCGGGCACCCUGCAGAGGCGUUCUCCCUCUUCGCUGACAUGAACUCUCUUGGCAUUCGCCCCAAGGAUGUCACGCUGGCAUCAGUGCUUGCCUGCUGUGCUGAGUGCCUUGACCUGCGUGGUGCACAGCAGCUACAUGGUCUUAUCGCAAAGAGGGACUUUCAGUCCAAUGUGAUUCUAGGCACGGCACUGGUCGACGUGUACGGGAAGUGCCUCUCGCUUACGGAUGUAAGGCGAGCAUUUGAUGACAUCCUGCAACCCAAUGACGUUUCAUGGAACAUAAUCAUCCGGAGAUAUCGUCUUGCUGGUAUGGGCGACAUGGCACUUCAUAUGUUUUUCAUGAUGGUACGGGCUGGCGUUAGGCCGCUGGUAUAUACUGUCGCACAUGCAAUGCUUGCUUGCCGGGAUAACUGUGCACUUAAAGAAGGGAAGUGCAUACAUAGUUUUGUGCUCCGCCGAGGAUAUGACCACCACAUACAUGCGCGGAGCUCUGUUGUAGACAUGUAUGCUAAGUGUGGCGACAUUGAUGCAGCACAAAGGCUCUUCAACUUGGCACCAAAGAAGGAUGUGGUGAUGUCCACUUCAGUUGUGUCAGGGUUGGCUGCUUGUGGGAGGAUCGCUGAUGCAAAAAUGGUGUUUGAUGGCAUGGAACAACACAAUUUGGUAUCCUGGAAUGCUAUGUUGACCGGUUAUGUCAAGUCCAUGGAUCUGACUGGUGCUUUAGAUUUGUUCCAGCAGAUGAGGCACGAGACAAAGGAGCUUGAUGUAGUUACACUUGCUUCUGUACUCAAUGCUUGUACAGGCCUGCUUGACCUUGGGAAAGGUGAGGAGCUCCAUGCACUCGCUCUCAAGUGUGGUUUGUUCAGUUGCCCCUUUUUUAGGAACGCACUUGUGAGGUUGUAUUCCAAAUGUGGAUGCCUGAGGACUGCAAAACGUCUUCUUCUAUUUGAAAUGGGAUCAGAGAGAGAUAGAUACGCCUGGAACUCAAUCAUCUCAGGUUACGAACGCCACUCCAUGAGUGAAGACGCUCUGCAUGCCCUACGUGAGAUGCAAUCCGAGGCAAAACCUAGCCAGUCAACGUUCAGCUCUGCCCUUGCAGCCUGUGCGAACAUAUUUCUACUUAAGCAUGGGAAGCAGAUUCAUGCAUACAUGAUCAGAAACAGGUAUGAUAUUGACGAUAUACUGCGAAGUGCACUGGUUGAUAUGUAUUCCAAGUGUAGGCUGUUUGAUUAUUCCACCCGGAUCUUUGAGUUAGGAUCAUCUGAUGAUGUCAUCCUGUGGAAUUCUAUGAUCUUUGCAUGCGCUUACCAUAGUAAAGGUGACUAUGGGCUUGGAUUGUUGGAUGAAAUGCGGAAGCAGGGGGUUAGACCAGACUCUGUCACUUUUCUUGGUGCUCUGGUUUCAUGUAUCUGUGAGGGCCAUGUCGGGUUGGGAAGGAGUUAUUUCACUCUGAUGAUUGAUGAGUAUAGCAUCGUUCCACGAAUCGAACACUAUGAAUGCAUGAUCGAGCUGUUGGGAAAGCAUGGAUACAUGGUUGAGCUAGAGGAUUUCGUGGACCACAUGCCCUUUGAGCCAACAACCGCGAUGUGGCUCAGGAUCUUUGACUGCUGCAGGGAAUAUGGGAACAGAAAAUUAGGGCAGAGGGCUGCACAGCGUAUCAAUGAUAGCAAACCCCUGACUCCCGUUAUAUUUGUUGAGUCCGCUCCGGUCUACGAAUGCAGUGACUGUGACGAUGCAGAGCCCAUGUCAUUCUGCUGAGGUGGACAAAACUGGUGACGAUUGAGAUUCUUGCUGAACUGUGAGGGGUUUUAGGUGACUGAGAAGCUUAAUGUGCUGUCUGAGAUGUCACAAACUUGAAUUUGAUCUUUUAGCUGCCUAUGAACGGGUAGAAUCAGCACUUAUGAUACCCUGCUAAGACAAUAAUUUAGGCUGAACAAAGCUCAUGUGCUGAUGGACCGUUCAUAAUCGUACCUGCUAAACUUUAUGCUCCUUUUAUGUGUUCUGAGAACUAGCCGUUCUGAUUUUAUUUUGGGAGUGUUAACAAGUACCUUGAAGCUAACAGAAAAUUUCUGUUGGAGUGAGGUUUAGGAUGAGAUUUGAAGGCGAUGAGGCUCCUGAAAGAAGGUUUAGUGAACAAUUAUUUAUUAUUGGCAUCGAGAGUUUGCUGGCCAUGUCAGAAUCUCUGUGGGCAGAUUCUGACUGGAGAUCUCUAAAGGUUCAAUGGGAUGAACCUUCAUCCAUUCUUCGUCUAGAUAGAAUCUCACCAUGGGAAGUGGAGCCAUUGGAUGCAGCUAAUCCACACUCCCUUCAACCUCCAUUAAAAACUAAGCGUUCACGACCCCCAGCUUCACCAUGUAUGGUUUCAGGACUGCCUUCAAGUUUUGCAAGAUGGACGACGUGGAAGCAGCAGGGUCGAUAACGACGUUGACAACAGGAUCGAUGAGAAGAUCGUGAGCAGUCGCGUGAGGACGUUUCUCAAAAACCUUAUUCGCCCUCUCCCGGUGCAGGAUCUCGAAGUCGACGGGUUUCGGAGACUUGCUCUCUCGAUCGUAGAUGCACGUUGACGGUCGGGAUGAAGAGAACUGUAACACCCCAUCCAAUACCUGGACCGGUGGUACUUACUCUUGGCAGCUCUCUAGGAUCAUAUAUCGUCCCCACAGACCAACCCAGGUCUUUUGUGCGCACUUUGUCCUCACUCAUGCACACCCGAGAAAACUUUCCGGUCGGUCACCCAUCCCAAAUUGCUCCUAGCCAAGCACACUUAACUUGGAGGUUUUUUCGAGACAGGUUUCCGGAAAAGAAGAUGCACCUUGUUCGUAUGGAUACUCUAUUAAUUCUAUUAAGCCUUGGGCCAGGACAUCAUCAUUCCAGAGAUCAGGAUAUCACAAGAACUACGAUGGCGACGCAGCUGUGAGCAGAAGCAAAAAACCUAACUUGUGUUCGGAUAGGUUUGAUGCUAGCUGUAAGGCGCCUUAUAUAGGGCCGUGACCGCGAACCAAUAAUCACCCGCGAUCCGAUCUGCACGUUAUCCACGAACCGAUAGACUCGCGCUCCGAUAAUGGCUCAGAUCGUUAUUGUGAUUGGAUAGGGCUCUAGAUUUAACAGCCAAUCAACCAAAAAAUAAAACGACAAAAGGAUGUCGUACCCCCGCAAGGCGAGGGGCCGGAUUUUGGCGGACCAUUCACGCACAUGUCGUGCGCCCACGCCCCGACCAGGUGAGCGUGUGCGUGUGGUUCUGCACACUCUCUCCCUUCAUCCAUGAUUUGGUGAAUGAGUGUAACCUCCAUAUUUAAACUAGUUUCACUCCACUUGGACUAGUAAUAUCUGACUAUUUGUUCCACCAUUUCCUAGCCAAAUCCGUACACGGGCUUUUAAGAUUUUCUAGGAUUUAAUCGAAUUUCACAAUUGGGCCUAGGCCAUAAAUCCAACAAUCCCCCACCAGAUCUCAAAUGCUCAUCUGCAGUUUUGCCACUGUUCACUACUGUUUAAUAUACUAGUGUUUCAGUAGAGACUGUUAAAUUGAACUUAUGCCUAGAACUCCAAGCUACAUCAACCCACAACUUGGACAAUGGACUAUGCCUUGAAUUGCAAGUUUUGUGUGAAUGAGUUUCACUCAAAGCCAUAACUAGUACCUGGCUACUAGUAGUCCCCUUCUCGGGUGGAGCAUAUACAUCGUACUCCAAUGUCUCUUCAUGAGUUUACUAGAGAUCACCAAGAUCUCAUAAAAUGCGACGUUAGACAGUCUAACUCAUAUAGGUGUGUUCUUUCAAGAAUUUAUGCAGGACAUCUUUGCUAGUAAAAACCAACAGAAACACAUUAAGGCACAAAGGCAACUUGCCUUACAACAUUUGAGAGUAUUGCAUCUUUACUUAGAGAGGGUCAAAAGUUACUCUCCUCAGUUCACCAAUGGUUUGUUCUUCCUAGGACCUAAUUAACUGUAUCUCCGAUCACAUAGACUGGGUUUUCACCAUGGCAACUUAUACGGGUCUCAUACUCAUCUCCCUCGAUGCGAUUUCUAUCACAUUACGUGGCAUUCCCUUUGUAAAAGGAUCUGCCAGAUUUUUAUCUGUUGAAAUAUAAGUCACACUUAUAACUCCAGAGUUUCUCAACUUUCUGACAGACUUCAAUCGCCUUUUAACAUGUCUUGAUGACUUUUCAUUUUCCUUAGAACUUGUCACUUUACCAAUCACAGUCUGAUUGUCACAGUUCAUAAGAAUAGCUGGUAUUGGUUUCUCAACCAGUGGCAAAUCCAUCAAGAGUUCACGCUACCAUUUUGCCUCAAUGGUUGUUAAGUGCAGUGAGCUCGACUUCCAUGGUUGAUCUCGUCAUGAUAGUCUGCUUGCAUGACCUCCAUGAUACCGCUCCUCCACCAAUAGUAAAGACAUAACCAUUGGUGGCAUUAAGCUCAUCUGCAUCAGAUAUUUAGUUUGAAUCACUAUAUACUUCAAGCACUGCAAGAAUAGUGGAUCCCAUAGCUCAUUGUACCGUGCAAGUAGCGCAUGAUCCGCUCAAGUGCAUGCCAAUGAUCAGUCCUGGGGUUUGACAUAAACCUGCUCAAUUUGCUCACAACAAAUGAAAUAUCGGGCUUUGUUGCACUAGCAAGAUAUAUGGGUGAACCGAUGAUCCGAGAAUAUCUCAAUUGGUCUAAACCAAUUCUCUUGUUUUUUCGCAGUGUCACACUGGGAUCAUAAGGUGUUGAAGAAGGUUUGCAAUUAGAGAAGCCAAAUCACUUUAAAACCUUUUCAACAUAGUGAGAUUGCACGAGAGUAAUCCCACCAUUUGCCUUAAUCAACUUGAUGUUUAGAAUCACAUCAACUUCUCUCAGAUCUUUGAUAUCAAAAUCUUUGAUAGAAAAUACUUGACUUCAUUAAUCACAUCAAUGUUUGUGCCAGAUAUCAAUAUACCAUCAACAUAUAGGCACAAUAUAACUCCUUCGCCCCCACCAUAGCGAUAAUACACACACUUGUCUGCCUCAUUAAUGGUAAAGCCUGCAGAUGUUAGAGUUGUGUCAAACUUCUCAUGCCACUGCAUUGGUCCUCGCUUCAGACCAUACAAAGAUUUCAAUAAUUCGCACACCUUGCUUUCUUGACCCUUUACUACAAAUCCAUCAGAUUGUUCCAUAUAAAUUUCCUCGUCUUCACAUCCAUCUGAUGGACAAAAAGACCAUAUGAGGCAGCCAAGGAGAGUAGUACUCGAAUAGUAGUCAUUCUAGCAACAGGUGAGUAAGUAUCACAUAAGUCUUCUUCUUUCUGAGUAUAGCAUUUAGCCAAAGCCUAGCCUUGUACUUCUCGAUUGUACCAUCAGGCUUGAGCUUCUUUUUAAACACCCACUUACAACCCACAUGUUUACAACCACGGGUCGAUCAGUGACCUCCCACGUACCAUUUGAAAGAAUUGAGUCCAUCUCAUUCUGAACUGCUUCUUUCCAAUCAUCUGCAUCUAGAGAUGCAAAUGCUUCCGUAAUUGUAGUAGGAGUGUCGUCCACAAGGUACACAAUGAAAUCAUCACCAAAUGAUUUUUCAACCAUUUGUCUCUUGCUCCUUUUAGGAGCAUCAUUGUCAUCCUCCUCUAGGACACUCAUGUGAUUGUUCAAAGAUCUCAACAGGUGUAUUAUGUUCAGGAGUUAUCUCAGAAGAAUAUCUAGAAUUGCUAUGAAUAUCUUUCAUUGAAAAUAUGUGUUCAAAGAAACUAGCAUCACGAGAUUCCAUAAUAGUAUCUACAUACACAUCAGGAACUUCAGAUUUAACUACUAAAAAUUUAUAAGCUAUGCUACAGGGGGCAUAACCUAGAAUGACACAAUCCACUAUCCUUGGUCCAAGCUUGCACUUCUUAUUAAUUGUUACAUUGACUUUCGCCAUGCACCUCCACGUGCACAAGUAUAAAAGUGAUGGUUUUCUCCCAACCCACUUCUCAUAAGGGGUUUUCUCUUCUUUGUCCAUAGAAAUUCUAUUGAGAACAUGACACGAAGUCAGGACUACCUCUCCCCACCAUGCCUUAGAUAUAUCGCAUGUGUCUAACAUGACAUUCACCAAGUCAGUCAACAUAUAAUUUUUUCUCUGAGCAAUCCCGCUUGAUUCGGGUGAAUAGGGAGGUGUCCUCUCAUGAAUAAUGACAUGUUCUGUACAAAAAUCAUCAAAGACUUUGGGAAAGUAUUCACCACCAUGAUCUGACCUAAGACAUUUGAUCUUUCUCUUUAGUUGGUUUUCAACUUCAGCCUGAUAGAUUUUAAAGUAGUCUAAAGCCUCAUCUUUAGUUUUUAGCAAGUAUACAUAGCAAAAUCUCGACGCAUCAUCAAUCAAUGUCAUGAAGUAUCUCUUGCCACCUUUUUUCAACACACCAUUCAUCUCACAUAUAUUAGAAUGUAUGUGUUUUAAAGGUGCCAGGUGUCUCUCCUCAUAUGUAAUGGUUAAGGCUUCCAAGUAGCACCUACAGGUCCUGGGUUCGAUCCCCUCGGGGGCGAAUUUCUGGCUUGGUUAAAAAAUCCUCUCGUUGUGCCCUGUCCACUUUCGGGUUACGUCCUGCGCGCCACCCUCAAGUUGGGUCGUUGCAGAGUGGGCGGUGAUGGCUCGCUAGUGACGGGGGCCAGGGUUUGGGGAUUUUCUCGGUCGGGACCAUGUUUCGGUCUCUUCUUAAUAUAAAUACUGGGAGGGCGGUCUUUCCCUCCCCAACAAAGUUUUUUCUCUUCCCUCAGCAGCCUUGUGAGGCUUUCGAGGUUGCUUCGACUGCACACAAUUAUGGCACCUAGAACCUUUAACUCCGGUGAUAUUCGGGAUUAAACUCAUGGUGGAAAGCCGAGACAGAACCAAAAUUAAUAUGAUAAAAACGAGAAUGCCAAAUACUUGCAAGAUCAUCAACAUUAGCGCAAAUAUGGUUCACAGACUUAUUAUUGAAAUCUAACAUAGAAAAGCGGAACAAGCCUCCACAAUCAUAUCAUUUACCAAUAAAUUGUCCAGACUUAGACCCAACUAUUUUAUUGGAUUCCAAAACUACCUUGAACCCAUCUCUACAUAGAAGGGUUCCGCUAACGAGAUUCUUCUGCAUUGAAGGGACAUGUUGCACGUUCUUCAGCUGCACAAUCUUUUCCGGAUGACCUGCCUCGUUGCUAGCGACCACCGUGUUGACAUUGCCCUUUUUACCACGGCGAUCUGCUCGAUCAGGACAGAGCUUAGCAAAAUGACCUGCCUCACCACACCCGAAACAUGUCACUUCACCCUUGUUCUUCUUUUCCUUGAAGUUGGUAGUUUUGUUGGGCAUGUUAGAUUUUGUCUUUCCUUUGCCCUUGUUGUGGUUCUUCUGAACCAUGUUGCCGCUGGAGUGGCCCUCGCCUCCUUUAGAACACGUGUCCUUAGUCCGAGCUUUCUCCUCAACAUCUAGAGAUACUAUAAGAUUUUCAAAUGAUAUCUCAUGUCUCUUAUGUUUCAGAGAUGUGGCGAAGUUCCUCCAUAUAGAAGGCAACUUUGCUAUAAUACACCCAACCACAAAUCGGUCAGGGAGGACAAUCUUAAUGUGGUCAAGCUCCUUGGCAAUACAUUGUAUUUCAUGAGCUUGCUCUACAAUAUAGCGAUUAUCAGCCAUCUUAUAAUCAUAAAAGCUCUCCAUGACAUAUAUGUCACUGCCAGUAUCCGAUGCACCAUACUUAGUAGUAAGUGUAUCCCACAAUUCCUUCACGUUUGUGUAUUGCAUAUUCGCAUCAAUCAGACGAUCAACAAGGAUACUAAGAAUUUCUCACGUAAAGAUAGUAUUGACAUCCUCAUACUUUUUCUCCUCUUCAGGAGUUAGCACACCCUCAAGUUUACUUUUACUAACAUGGAACACGUUCAUAGCAGUAAGCCAGAGAGUGGCCUUGACUUGCCACCUCUUGAAGCGCAUACCAGAUAAUUUUUCUGGUUUCAGCGCAUACCAGAGAAUUUUUUUGGCUUGAGCGCAUCGACAAAACCAGCCAUACUUAAACCAGGAAAUUGUCUACAAUAAGGUUUUCGAAUUGUUGAGAAAUUAGACAUUUUUCAGAUUACAUUCCAAAUAUAAAUAAUGACCAUCAAUAAAUAAACUAGUAAGUUGUUCCCUAACAGGCUAGUUAAUAGACUAAUAAGCAGUACACAAAAUGCAUCUAUAACAAUAGAUAAACUGAAGUAUGAGAUCAGAUUAGAUGAUGCGUACUAAUUAAACAUACUAAUUGAUGUUGUUGCUAGCAAGGUGGACGACGUGUAAGCAGCAAGGUCAAUGACGACGUCGACAACAGGAUCGACGAGAAGAUCGCGAGUAGUCGCGUGAGGACAUUUCACGAAAACCUUAUUCACCCUUUUACAGUUCUAACAAUAAGGGUGGUAAUGGAUCACGAUCCAAAUGAUUCUUCACAAAAUGGUAGAGUCCUAAAUAAGUUUUAGUUCAAAAAUGAAUAGAAAUAGAGUCUGUUUUUAAUCCGAUUCUUAAAUCUUAUAGUGUAAAAUUUAGAGCCUAUUGUCACCCCUACCUAUACAUGGGCUUUUGAGAUUUUUCUAGGAUUUAAUUGAAUUUCACAAUUGAGCCUAGCCCAUAAAUCCAACAUUGUACACUCAUUUUCAGAACCUCAGCAGGCUCGGGAGUUAUUUCCUUCAAUUCCCACGUCAACCUUCUCAUCAUCGUCAAACGUCAGUUUCAAUUCAAAGAAUGAGCCGCCCAUGCAAACCAGUCAGUUCUACUGGUCAGCAAGGGAUACAAGAGCUGACUCCUGCGCUGCUAGCACCAACACAGUCAUAAUCUAAAAGAAGCAAGAGCCAAGUUCCGGUGGUUGCAGGCUGUUCGGAAUUGAUGAUAUAUGCUGAGCUGAGGAAGAAGUAUUACCUGUGGUUAGUACUCCAGGUGUAGGUUAUGACCAGACAGCUGCCUCUGUAGAACUGAACUCGGACAAGCUAUCACAGCCAUCUGAUACGAACAAUUCUAAUGCCCCAGCAGCUAGCAGUGAGCGUUCACCUCUUGAAUCCCAAAGCCGGCAAGUGAGGAGGUGCACCAAAGUGAUCUUAUACCGCACUAUUUUUUUUUCUCAUCGUGUUCUGUUCUUGCCUGUGGUUCACUGGGCAACUGGUUAGUAUUGCGCACACAGGUAAGGCCUCGUUUGGUUUGAGGGACUAAAGAUUAGUCCCUUUAUUUUAGUCUCAUUUAGUCUAUAAAUU